CUACGCUGUGUAAUCUUUGCUCUCACGGAAGUCCUAAUCAUCCUCAAUGGGUGGCCUAGGAUUAACGGACCUAGAUCGGGUCCUAGAGAUAGAGGAGGACGAGGAGACAGGCCGCUACUACCAUCAUCACUCCACCAAUCGAGUCAAAGCUCUUCCUCCGAUACAUCAGCAAGUUGGUGACGAUGCUCUACGUGGAGUACCACUGUCUGAUGUGGCUGCCCGGUGGUUGAUAUUUCGGGGCUCAAAAGGCACUAGUUCGACCUACAACCUGUCCCACCCUGUCAGCCACUUGGAUCUCUUUAUCAGUCACUCCUGGGCCGCUAAUGCGUUCUGGAAGCAUCUAUCACUGGUCACUGCAUAUUACAUCUACAUCGCGUAUAUAGCUCUACUCAUACUGUCUAUCUCUCUUUCCAUUAUGGUGUACUUCCUGCCAAGUCGUAGGGAGUUCGUAGCCUUCUAUGUUGAGAUAGGAGGGCUUAUGGUUGUUUGUUUCGGGGUCGCUUUUGGCUACAUCUUCCCACGGUUGUUCCGGAAGGAUCAGGUAGUCUUUCUAGACAAGUGCUGCAUCUCUCAGACUGAUAUAGAGUUGAAGAAUAUCGGAAUCCAUCAUAUCAGCUCCUUCCUGAGCAGAUCGGAUGGUCUCGUCAUACUGUGGUCGACCGAUUACUUCUCGAGGCUCUGGUGUGUCUUCGAGCUGGCGAGUUUUCUUAGAACUCACGAGCCAGGAAGAGUGACUUUCAUCUCUAUUAUUCAGACUAAAUUCAGUACUCUAGUGGCACUGUGUGAGGCUGCGAUCCUGGUGACCAUGACUUCAAUUGAUCUCUCGGCAGUGAGCAAACAGAUCGAGUCCUUUACACCUUUAAUCCUUUAUCUUUCUCUGGAAGCUGUAGUUACAAUCAUUAUUAGUACUAUUGUUUGCUUCAUAUUUGUACCAGCGAAGGCCAACUUACAGGCCCAGAUCAAUAACUUCACCGUGGCUAGUGCCCAGUGUACUUUACAGGAAGAUCGUGCAUUCAUAAGGGAGAGCAUUGCCAAGUGGUAUGGCUCAGAGGCUCAAUUCGAAGGGAAUCUCCGAGCUCAUUGGGCGGAAAUAGCUGCUACUCAAAUGCCGAUAUGGACGUUGAGCAAACGAGGUGUUUAUAUAGUAGUAGCACCCUUCAUUGCCUAUGGGAUACCAGGAUUGGCCUUCUCUUUGUCCGCAGAUGGUCUCCAUCCUGUCACAGAAUGGUGGAGGCCUUUACGAGAUAUGCUUAUACUGACGAUCAUGCUUGGGUGCCGAACUCCUUUGAUUGCUAAUGUGGCCUAUAAAAUGUAUGCGAUGAAUACACUGCAUAGUCGACUGUCGAAGGUUGUACUAUACACGGCCAUUGUUGCAUUUGGUUUAGCUUAUGAUGCUACCUUGGUUGUUGGUGGUGGAGCCGCCUUGUUCAGUAAUACUACAGGCUAUCAGAUCAACAUUCCGGAACCUUAUGGUUGGAUAUUCGUCAUACCAGUGGUCUUCGUGUUGGUCUACCUGUACAUAGCGUAUACAAGGCACACUGAUGUUACCCCAACAGCUGUUGCUGCUGAUUCAGGUCGUUCGUUUGCACAACAAUAUGCGCCUACCACUUCAUCGUCAGUGUGAAACAGAUGUUCUCUUGUUAUGGUACUCACAGCGAUUGCUGCUGCUGUGCGGGACUGGCAUGUCCAAAUCACUCUAUAUGAUUCCUACUCUAUCCUUCCUGGUCCCAACCAGCAGAUAUAGCCUCGUUG